AUGGGAAUCCCUCAUCUUAUCAACCACCUCGCCCCCUAUGGCGUCCUUGCACCCUUAGACGGCGACAGGGUGGUGAUAGACGGUCCAGCCUUGGCCUACCACGUCUACCAUCUGUGCACAAGGAGUAGCACCGGACUUCCCUCGUACCAACUGCUUGGGGACACCACCAUCGCAUGGCUGGACAAGCUCAUGAACCACAACAUUUCCAUAGCUGCCAUCUACUUUGAUGGCUUCCUCCCGCCGUCCAAGCUUCCCGUCCGCCUGGACAGGAUAUUGAGGACUUCGACUCAAUUGAAGCUCUUCCACUCAUCAUUCCCCAAUGCCUGCCCGGCAAGACAAGUCGCCGCAACACAUUCAGCGCGGCCUCCUCUGUUCCCGACAGAUGCGCCUCGCAGGGAGCAGCCACUCACCCCGCCUCCGCCAUUCUUGGUCGCCGCUGUUGUCGAUAAGCUCAGCGAAACAGACAAAUACGCGAAGCUGGUCCGUCUAGUUCCAGGCGAGGCCGAUGCUUACUGCGCCGAUGAUGUGCUCAAGAACGGCGGGACGAUAGUCACUUCAGAUUCUGAUCUGACCAUUCAUGAUCUGAGCAAGGGCUCAGUCGUGUUCUUCAAGGAUCUCCACUUUGGAUCUGCAGAUGGAAAGAAUGGUCUCCUGGGAUUGAAGUUCUCUCCCUCCCAAGUCGCAGAGAGAUUGAAGCUCCCCGACGACCAGGGCAUGAGACGGUUCGGAUACGAACUAUCCAAGUCCGUCCGUCCCAAGUUUUCUCAAGUCCUUGAAAACUGCAAGGGGGACGUCUCUGACCCUGAAGAAUUCCGUAAAUUCUGCGAACCAUACGAAACGUUGGAGACUACAGAUUGGAGUGCCGUUCCCGUUUUGGGCGCUCUGGAGAAUCCCAAGCUUGACGCAAGGUUGUCAGAAAUCGUCUUGCAAUGCGUUGGGUACUCUGGAGCUGGCAACUCGUCUCCGAAAGGCGACUCAGAAGGCUGCAUGAUGUGCCUCCCACCUCUUCUUGACUGUCCCGCCCGUGCAAGCGCAUGGGAUAGCAGCGCCUCUGUGCGACAACUGGCCUACAGCCUGACUUCUUUGCUCCAACCAGGCGCUUCGCCUCCUGUCAGAGAGUACAGGAGGGUGUAUAACGGGACGAACCAGGGCAAGCACAUCAUCAUUCUUCCUCGACCCUCUAUCAAGGACUAUGCGGACUUUCUUCUCGAAACGCUGAACCAAGCUAAGAAAAGCUUGGACCAAAGUGAAUCAGUUUGGCAAGCUGUGUCAUUGCAACAGGUCCUCGCUUGUUCACAGGCAGAUGGAAAACAAGAGGCAUGCGUCGGAGCCGUUAAGCAAGCUCUCUCCAUGGAAGAGGGCUCUGGUCACGUCCCAUGGGACGUGGUUCACCUGUCAGCGCAGGUCCAAGCUAUGCUGUAUUCUCUUCGUAUUCUUUCGCAAGUCCUAGGCCUUCUCCACAUUAUCAAGGCCGAGAGUGUGCCGCAGGGCUUGGAUCGACUUCGACAGCUCCUGGCUACGUUACCCCCGCUCACAGAAUGGCCGGGAGUGGACGGGACGACGGCAUUGAUCGCGAGCUUGCAUGCCAAUGGGGGAUUAAUAAGGCUGGCAGAAGCGCUUGAGAUUCCGGAAAAUGACUUCCUGCCAGCAAAAGAGUCCAAGAACAGGAAGAAGAAGAGGAAGAAGACGGCAUCAGAGGUCGAUCAUCAGGCGCGACCUGAGAAAAAGGCGUCCUCGAAUCCCUUCGAUAUUCUAGGCAUGGAGUAG